GAGGGAGUUUCGUCGGGGAAGGUGGGAGUCAAUGCUGACCGGUAUCGGCUAGUCUACCUGAGUCUACCUGAGUCUACCUGAGUCUACUGAAGCCAACCGAGGCUACCGCGUGCGCCUUGGAUUCUCGUUCGCCUGCGCCGCGUACGUUGCCGCCAGAGUAAAUCGAACCAGUCAGGUGAAACGUCUUGCGAACAAUAUGUGAGUUUAGAAGUGAGGAUGUUACGGAGCCUGACUUUUCAAAGAGCUUCGUUCUAACUUUACACCAGUGGGGGUUGCAGAACAUGGACCCUCCACGAAACGUGCCCUUCGAGUAUAGCUAAACAUACCAACAAUUUCAACUUUCAUGUCUACUAUACGGUGGAAUUUUCAUUUCUGCUUAACGGAUUUUGUGAAUUCUUGUGACUCCUUGUAAUUUUCAAAUUCACUUUCGACAACCAAGAAAUGAAAGGAUGACACGAAGCGUUUGCUCGGGCCUUUCGUUACUCCGUCAUUCGUAACUGACGGACUGAUUUGCGUGUUUUUUUAAACAUAGACAACUAGAAAUAAAUCCAUAAUCGAAGCUUUUUCUUCCACUUCCAAAGUGUUCUUAAUAAUGAAUAUCAGUGAAAUUGAAACGUGAUGCGAAAUGAAGUUGCUACGCGGCGUAUUUUACAUUUUUGUAUUUUUCCAAUCGUUAAGUUGCUUUUUGACAAAUGCAACGCUCGACCCUAACGGGACGAAAUGCGGGCAGCGACGUUGCUCCACUACGGAGUACUGCAGCCCUUACGACAGCCAAUGCAGACCCUGCGCAACUAUCUGCGAUCCUGCCAGUCACAAUCAUCAGUCUGAAACCUGCGUGAAAGAUUGUCAAGAGUAUCUUCAUGAUCAACGCUACGUACUCCGCACGGAUCUCCACGAGAGCCAAGAGCUGAAAGACGAGGUGCAGAAGCUGAGGACGCUGAUGAAAGUGACGCUAUCGUUAUGCUGUUUGAUGCUUAUCAUUGUCCUCUAUUUGUUGUCCAGGAGUCUACUUUGUUGCUCCCAAAUAAAAAAGCAAUUACGUUCCGGUUGGUUGAAGAGAAAAUGGGUUAAGAACGCUACGAAUAACAAUAAAGUACAGGACGAUGCGGAAAUUGGCGUUAGUAAACAAAAUGGUCUGAAGCUGACGAUGCCCACCAUAAGCGGUUCCGUCGCUGGCGUCCAAAUUAGCACAGACAACGCGUCGCCAAAUACGACUAGCACGCCUCUGUCGAGGAGACAUCCUAGCGAGGACACCACGCUGGAUUACGCCUACGACAAUCCCGCCAUGACACCCAGCCCAGAGGCGGCACAACCGAGAACUAAACGUGAGAGUUCUUUUUAAGGGCUAUACCCCCAUCUCCUCUUUAAAGUGUUUGUAUUUUUUAUAAUUCAAGAAUCAGAGAAUUUUUGAGAAUUUUGACGGUUUUGAGAAUUUUGCAAAUUUUCUAUAUUGUGAGAUUGUUUGUGGUGGUUGUAGCGAUUGAGCUAACAUAAUAACUGCGUACGCAAAAAGGCAGGUUGUGCUCGAGCAAUUGAAAUUCAAAUAUUGAAAUGUACAAAAAAACACGGUACUCCUUUUGCUCUAGUAUUUGAAGGAAACUCGCGUAAAAUGUUUGUAAAUAGUAUAAGAUAGUUUUUGGCUAAGAAAAGUGCGAGGUAACGGCAAAACAAGUAAAGGACCUUCUUUGUCCCGUGUAACGGAUUUUUCAAUUGAAGAGCAGGUCCUGACUUUCCUAGCUGUUUCCCCAGGGAAGAAGGAAACGGAAUGGAGAGAAUCCUUGAUAGCUCUUACCUACGCAAGCGUGGAUGAAUGUGAAUGACAAUUUUCGAUGAUACCAAUAUCCGUUGGUAUAAACUAUUUUUAAAUUAAAAGUCUUUAAUCGAUGUAUGACUAGGCUCUCGUGCAUUCGUAAACCGUGCGGCUGUGUGACUUAAAAUAUGUUUAUAGUAUUUAAUCAUAAGGAGUACAUAACCUCCACUUUUGCAAUAAACUAGUAUAGGCAAGUGUUAAUCUCGCGAUGCGCAAUACGCACACCCUUUAAUUUUAAGUACUUAAGGUAAAGCAUCAACUAAUUCAUAAAGUCUAUGUAAUGUAAACGCCUUAUCAGCCAUUCCGUCCAUGAAAGGCCUUACGAGCAAAGUCGUCCCGAGACGAGGCACUUUGCAUAGGACAGACACGCCGUAACGUCCAAGUGAAACGUUAGAAUCAUUAAAAUAAUAAUGGCUCAUUUAAUAUUCCCUUGUAUCAAUAUGCUCAAACAUUGCUUAUACCGAUGAAAUUUAUAUCGGUUGAUCGUGCUCAACAAGGCUCAAAAUUAUCAAUGUAAUCGAUGCUCAAUUAAUGCCCUUAAAUUUCGAUCAAUCGAGACACAAUUGAAUACGUUAAUUGUAACUAAAGUAUCGCUCAAGACUUCGUUAUUUCACUUACGGAAUUUGGUCUCUGUGUGGACUGACCUUGAUCGUACAGCGUGCACUGUCCUUAAUUUUAAUUAAGCUACAUUCACAGUAUCUAACCACGCGAAUCGCACGCAUCGACACACAUCGCGAAUAUAUCUUAUAAAACUUUGUAACUCUUGGUCCGUGUCAGGACCAACGUGUCUUCCAGAAUUGAAGAUAUUAUUUUGCCCAUGGCAGCUACUAGGAUUAGCAUUAUCGUAUCACCUACAUAAUAAUACAACUUUAGUAUUUCAAGAUUGCAUGUAAUUGUCAUAUCAGUCGAGCUGGUUUACUAUUUAUAUUUUAAAAGGAAGGUCCCACGUGAAAUACAGUCGCGUGACAGUAUCGCGUCCAUCUUUGAUUUUUUGAAAAGAUAAUGCAUUUGACAUGUAUUCAAAAGAAAUUGAAUAUAAUUUAAAAUCGAGAGUUCCAACAAUUCCAGAAAAAAAAAUACACAAAACAUUUGUUUUCGUCGUUAAUUAAUACCUCUAAGCAAUAAGUUGAACUGUGACGUUCCUCGAAAUUAACGAUCAUAUAAAGCUAAUUAAUUGAAAUGAGUUCUAAUUAAUGUUAAUGUUUAAAUUAGUCUAUGUAAAUAUUUACAACAGUUCUUAAGCGACAUACCAGCAAUACACUUCUAGAGCACUGAUCGUCGAACUGGCACUUAAUUUUAACUUGACGAUUCUUGGAGUCACAGUAACGUCAUCUCAUUGCCGUAUAGGGGAAAAAAUUAUACGAAUGUUGACAGUUGAUCGUUUGAUUUUCAUUUCCCGGCAAAACGAAGAAUUGGUUGACAAUCGCAUAAUGGCGUGAAUGCGAUUCAUAGCGAAAACCGUCGUGUUAUUUCCACUAGAUUUUACAAGUUUUCAUUCUCUCUCGUUCUAAUUAUUCUAUCUUUCUUUACUGACAAUAACUGGGAGUAAUGUCGACCACUGAUUAAUUAUUAUUACUGUAAUACAAUCACUUGCGCUAUGCUGAGUAUAAUAACCAAUAACGUCCUGUGAUUGUCAUUUGUCCUGACGUGGUUUCAGCGUUAUGAAUUUUUACCUGGAGUUACUGCUGACACGUGUUUUCGCUUACUCGGCAGUUAUUCUACUAGGUUAACGUUAACGCGUAACAAUGUGAACGCGUCUUGUUCUCGUGAAGUACGUUGGUUUUCGAAAGAGUCGAUGUGAAAAUUUGAAUGUAAAUUUAACGGAUUCUUCUUCUAUCUCAUUGAGGAAUUUCACUGGCGGGAUCACCUUGCCGUUUCGAAUACUUUAAGUGUCUGGAAGUCGUUGAACUUUUUCGUAAUGUUAAGGCAAAUAUGAAGGACCACGUUACAUCACACGAUGUACCCUACGUCAUCCGUAACGAUCUCGAGAAGCGUGUUUAAGCAUUUUUCUAAUUGUGUGUAAUGUGGACCUGCGUGCAGGUAUAAUCACAAUAGAAAUUAAGUAUUACUUGUUAACGAUCAUUUUAAAUUUGUUAAAUAUUCAUCGAUAACGUUACUGAUAUACAUUUAACGUACUUUUCCUUUGUAAAUUAUUACUUUUACGUUUUACUCAAUAAGAACAAUUCAGUUUUUGUAAUUUUUACAUUGUUUGACCUGCCCAAAAAUAUGGCAAUGACAAGAUUAUACGAUAAUCCAAAUGUUUUAUUAAAAUUGUAUUGUCCUAAACGGGAACGAACAACUUGUUUCCUGACCAAAAGGGUAAAAUUGUUUUAUUGUGAAAAAAAAAACAAAUAAAUAUUGCCUGGCGUUAUCAAUGUUAGCGCAUUUUGUACACUCGAGAGUGCAAUUGUACAAAUAAAUUUGAAGAUGAUAGUUUAA